AUGAGCUUGGUUGGGGGGUCGGCAGCGCUGCCGACCCUCUGCGCAUCGACUUUCUUGCCGGCAAGUGCUAUCCUUCACCUCGGCGGGGGGCUCGAGCCCAUUACCCUCACCCACGAUGCCAUUGUCCACGUCCCGUGCCCGACGAUCGACUUUGCGCCGCGAGAUACUCCCGAGCUUGGAAGCAACACCGACGAUUCGGCCCUGUCGUCUGCCGCGGAGUCGCAGAAUCACCAGGUCUCCGACUUUCGCGAUCCGUUCUAUGCGACACAGUUCCCCAUGUGCUAUGCCCUGGCGGCCACCACCAUCACAGCCUACAUGCUGGUCGUCAUGCUGUUCAUCACCCCUCAGUCCUUUCUAGACGGGGGGAUUGUGUAUCUUGGCAGGCGGGGGUUUGCGCAUAACACUUCGAGCAAUGUUAAUAUUGGAAGGCGCCCGUGGUUACAAAAAGUAGCGACCCUGACGGUCGCAAUCUCUCUGACGGUGGCAAGCACGCUUACGUUUAAUGUUGCUCAGCAACAGUACAAAUGGGGGAUUCAGAACGCAAAACUGAUGCAGAUUGAAGUCAUGGGAAGCCUCGCGCUCAAAGUAAUCCGGCUGAUAUCCGAUACGUUCCUGUGGCUGGCCCAGGCUCAGACUUUGAUCCGCAUCUUUCCCCGUCAGCGGGAGAAGAACAUCAUCAAAUGGGUGGCGUUCGCCCUCAUCACAUUGGACGUCAUCUUUACUGCCCUGAACAGCUUCCGCUACUCGGCUGACGGCGUGACGGGCACGAGCCGGCCCAACAGCUUUAUCCACCCAGUGCCCGCGCUCAGCUAUUUGUUUCAACUGACACUAGGGAUCUUGUACGCUGCCUGGGUGAUAUACUAUGCAAUAAUGAAGAAGCGGUACGCCUUCUAUCAUCCUCUUAUGAAGAACAUGUGUCUGGUGGCCUUUAUGUCUAUUAUUUCGGUACUUAUUCCCGUCGUCUUCUUCAUACUGGAUAUUUCAAAACCUACAUUUGCAGCAUGGGGGGAUUAUGUCCGGUGGGUUGGUGCGGCGGCGGCCAGUGUGGUUGUGUGGGAAUGGGUCGAACGAAUAGAAGCGCUAGAACGUGAGGAAAAGAAGGACGGGGUUCUCGGGAGGGAAGUCUUUGAUGGGGACGACACUCUGGAGGUCACUGCCACAGAGGAGUCGUCAUGGCUUCGGCAAUUCAAGAACCAUAGAGGCGGGCCUGGGAACGGAAACGAGGCAGGUGGGACUGGGGACUCUGGACCCCCAGGCUUUUCCCCGGGUGGCUGGCAGAAUGUCGCUGCCAUCGCCAAUCGUUACCGCGGGCAGGGACAUUCUGGAAAUGAUCCGGAGGGUCACCAGAUGCAAGUGAUGGGAGGCAUCAUACGUCCGCCGCUCUGGCCAGCUCGACCCGUGCCGACUGCAACGCCCGUCAGCAGAACUGAUACCGCCAGCGCAGCCAGCACGGUGUACGCAAUCCGUUACCAACCAGCUUCCGAGGCGACAACCAGAACUCCAGAGCCCCUGGCGGCGCAACAGAGCAUGGUGGAUUUGUCGAGGCAGCCCAGCUUCCCAUUAAGUAACCACACCAGUGAGGAAGCGGCCAUACCGAACUUGACAUCUGGCGCAGUCUCCCAUAACGAGCCUAGGUCAUCAUCCAUGUCGCAUAGGCCUUCGGAUCUUGAAUCUGCCACCAAUGGCGGGAUAGUGAAUCCCUCCGGGCCUCGAACAGCAACUCCGGGUACCAUACCAGACCGUAGCCAGGCUAGGGAAGACUCGUCCACAGGAGACCAUGGAAUCGCACAAGAACCGGAGGCGUACAGGCCCUCGGGAGCACUGGACGCUGUAAGACGAUGGGAUCUGCGUGCGCGAUUCGAAGACUUUGCGGCCAACCAAGCCGAGAAAAUCCGAGAUCGCAUUCGUCCUACCACAGACACAGCAAAUCUUCCAGUGAGAGUCAUUCCUGCUCCGGCUCGGAGGGGAGCCGCUUUACAGCAAGUCCUCGAGGAGGAGGGCACGAAUAACAACAGAGAGGCUGCCUUCUCGAGCAACGGACACCGAGCAAGCAACGCAAGCACCUCUGGGGAUAUGUCUCAGUUGGGUCGGCGGCAAAGCGUCAUGUCCAUGACCUCUCGGGGCCACGACUCUCUACCGUCAAACAACCCGCCGCUGUGGCCUGGCGUACAAGCCCGGGCCGGGUACGACGACGACCAGUACUCGUACGAUGAUUCAAUGACGGAUACAUCCUCGGUUGAUCACCAGCGUCGCGAGUUUGAAGACGGAUCGGGUCCAACACGAACAACAUGA